AUGACCAGCAUUGGGCAACAAUGAAGGAUCCGAUUUGCGUGUGGUUGUUGUUUGGCGAAGAUUUACGACCUUUGACGACCUUUUGACGAAGGUAAUGCAUCGGGCACAUAGACUACUGGUACUCGGAGUAUAUGGCGGAGCUUGCGAGUGGAUAGUACAUACAUAUGCAUUCUACUUAUGUAAUACAUUUACAUCUGAGGUUGAAAUUGAAACUCAAGAAGUGUUGACACCUAUUAUUAGCACCUAUUAUUAUAACGUUCUUGGGCUCAUUGCUGCUCACGUUCAGGGAUGGCCGUUAAUGUUGCCAGUUGUCUUAUCCGUGCUCCUCAUGGCUCCUCAUGGCUCCUCCGCUAGAACGACAAUUCGAACGUUCUGUGGCCAUGCAUGGUUACGAUAAUAACUACGUACAUUGAGCUCGCUUCCUUGAUCGAGACUAUUUUAGCGCGAGUCUUGGACGCUAUAAAACCAAUGAUGAAGUUCUUC